AUGUCUGCGCCUGCUCAAACUCCCGGUGCGCCUGCGCCCGGCGCAUAUCAAGGGCCUGCGCCGACGACUCCCGCCCCGGCUCACACAACAACCGGCACAACAGGGCAAACUGGCACCACUGGAGGAGCCAUGUCCAAUCAGAACCUCAACCAAAUAGUCACAGACUAUUUGCUCAAGAGGGGCUUCAACAGGACCGAGGAGGUGUUUCGUCAGGAAUCCAAGCAUCUGGGUCCAGAUGGUAAGCCCAUCUACCAGCUUGCCAACCUCGGCCCAAAGAAGUACCAGAGAGCAUUCAACCUUCUGCGGGAAUGGGUUGAGAACAACCUGGACAUUUACAAGUUUGAAUUGUCAAAACUUCUCUGGCCAGUCUUUGUCUACUCCUUCCUGGAGCUCGUCAGCAAUUCCUACACCGAGGAUGCCAAGACUUUCCUCCGAGAAAUUGGUCCUCAUUUUCAACCUGUUCACGCAGAUGACCUCAAGACAUUUGCGACCGUUACACUACCUCAGCAUGUCAACGAGAACCCCAUGACCAAGCUCUAUCGGGAGAACAAGUACCGAAUCCCCCUAAACCAGCAUGCCAGCGGGGAUCUCUUCAACUUCCUCGAGCGCGAAUCCGAUCAAGGUGGUUCCGUGAUUAGACAACUCCUUGCAUCCUACUGCCAGGUUGACUCCACGGCCCGUGGACCGAUCACGCCAUUCAGUUUCGAAGCAGUUUACCGGAGAUCAAGGAAUAUGGAGAUGGAGGACGUCGACACUAAUGAAGGUAUUCCUGGCGUCAACAUUGGCUUGUCCAACAAGGAUGUGCUGGACCCGACUGCACCUCUGAAGCUUGGACCGCUGCCUAUGGACCCAGACCUUCGUGAUGACGUGCGUGCUGAACUUGAGGAUGAGGAGCGACGAAACCCACCAGUUCCAGGCAGACCUACCUUGUUGGAGGAGUUCGACCAAAGGAUCAAGCGCGAAGAUAGCGCCGAUGCACCCAACAGAGCCGAUCUACCUCUACCCCCGUCCCGACCCCGAGACAUCAUGUUGGAGAUGCAGAAGGUGCGAGAGAAUCGCGACCGUUUCAAGAUUGAUGGACAGACGGGAGGCGUGGGAUUGCCUGUGAGCGCGUGCAUGUUCACUUUUCAUAACACGCUUGGCAGUGUUGCGUGCAUGGACUUUUCUAAUGACGGGCAAAUGGUGGCCGCUGGAACGACUGACUCGUACAUCCGAGUUUGGUCUCUGGAUGGCAAGGCUCUUCCGACAAUGAAUGCCCACGAGAAGGACGCCAAGUUCAACAGCCGCAAAUUGAUUGGGCAUUCUGGCCCCGUUUACGACGUCUCCUUCUCGGAUGCCGCCUCCGGUCCUCCUCAGAAACUCUUUGGCGACGAAGGGAAGUCGAAUCCAGCUAUUGACACCAGGCCCAAGCUGCUGCUCUCAGCAUCUGCCGAUGGUCAAAUCCGUCUCUGGUCUCUAGAGUCAUGGAGCUGCUUGUGUCUCUACAAGUCUCACGAUGGCCCCGCCUUCAGAACACUUUGGAGUCCCCAGGGGCACUACUUUGUCAGCGGUGGUUACGACAAGGCUGUUAGAGUUUGGAUGCAGGAUCACGCCUCACCACAGCGACUGCUGGUUGGGCAUGACACAUCCAUAUCGGCGCUUGCCUGGCACCCCAACGGCCUUUACGUGUUCUCGGCAUCAGAUGAAACAGACAAGUCAAUUAGAAUGUGGUCUGUGGUGACUGGAGCCUGUGUCCGUGUCCUGACCGGCCACAACGACUACAUCACUGCUCUUGAAUGCGCACCAAACGGCAAGAUUCUGGCGAGCGCUGACUGUGCUGGCAACAUUUUCUUCUGGGACAUUGCCAAGGGGACACGCAUCAAGCGAUCCCGUGGCCAUGGAAAGGGAGGAAUCUGGUCCCUCAGCUUUAGUGUCGAGUCCAAUGUGCUUGCGUCGGGCGGCCAAGAUGGUACCGUAAGACUGUGGGAUGUUGAGUUGCCGGCCGAUCCUCAGAAGGCGAGCUCGCAGCAGACUGGACAUGACGCUGCAGCAACAGGAACUGAUGGAGCGAACGCUAGCAAUACAGCUGGCGACACCUCUCGUAUCGCAUCAGGAAACUCUGGACAGGCUGGAGGAAGCGGAACGACUGGCGGAACGCACAAGAAGAAGAGCAGGGAGGUCAUGAUCACUCCUGACCAGAUCAGCGCAUUCCCUACCAAGAAGACGCCGGUGAUGAAGGUAAAGUUCACACGAAUGAAUCUGGUAAUUGUCGGGGGCUGUUAUGAUCCCGAGCGCUAG